AUGAAUAUUAAAUAAUUAGCUACAAAUUUCGAUGUUCUAUAUCGAAGGGUAAAUGACAGAAGCAGGGUAACAGAAGUGAUGUUGGGCCAGCUUUUUGAAAGAUCAGAAGCCGAAGAGAAGUAUCACAAAGCAUUAGAGAAAAUAAGUGGAUAAAUGCAAAAUGGAGGAGGAGACAUUGACGAUUUGAUCAGAGGAGUCAAAAUAGAUCUGAAUCAAAGGGCCCAGUACUAUAAGCAAUUCAAUUAAUCGUACAAGCAUGAUGUAGAGUAAGCCAUCAAUGAGCUUAGAUAAAUCCAAAGUCAAUUCAAACCACUCAUCCAAGAUGUAUUAAAAAUGGAUAAAGAAAUCAAAAUAACCUGUGAUAAGUACGAUCGUCAGAAGGAUAAGACAGUCAGGGCAUCGAAGGAUUAUGAAGAAUCUGCAAUCACAUUAGAAGCGUUGUGUUGGAACAAAGAGUGCAAUAUGGAAUAGAGAACAAAAGCAUAGCACAGAUUAAAUUCUCAAUUGUAAUACAAAUAAGAGAAUGAAUCUGUGUUGAGAUAGGCAGCAUCAGUUUAUAAUCAAGCUGUUCAAUCAUAUUGCACUUCUUUGUAGAAUGGAAUUUAGUAACUGACUACAUCAUAUAAUCAGAUAUUUGCAAUUGCUAAAGAUAUUGUAAUGAAGAUCUUGGUUUAUGAGAUAUCCAAAACUAGAAAUCUAUAAUAUGAUAGUGAAUAGUUCUUUAAAUAGGCUGAGAUAUAUUUGGACCCUCAGAAUGAUCCAAUAGCUCCAGGUCCCUCAAGUUAGAUAGGAAUUUCUAAGGAGAAUUAUAACAAAGUUAAUUCUCAAUUAAAUUCUUCAUUUUUAAGGAAUAUUGCAGAUAAAAUCUCACUCAAUCAUAGAUUGAACAUUAAAAGAGAAACUACUUAAUCCUAGGCAUAAGUAGAAAAUCUGGAUUCUUUUGAUCUGUUCCUAGCCAAUCCUGAAUUCAUUGAUGAUUUAAAAAUAGUAACAAUUAAAUUGAUUGGAAAAGUCUACAAUAAAAGUAAACCAAAGAAUGCUGAUGAACAACCAGCUGGGGUUCAAUAAAUGGUAAAUAAAUAUAAAGAUUAAUAUGGCGAAUAAUAGUUAGUUAAUGUUUAUAGUUUCAUCAAAUAUGUGAUUUAAUAAACCUAAGAUCAAUAGAUCAAAGGGUGGAAGAAUAUACCUGAAUUACAAAAAAACAAUUUAGAUGAAAUUUUUGAGUAAAAGUUCUUUAGAGAAUUGGGCUGCAUUAUUCUUGAGUCAUUUCGACAGGCAGGUUGCUCCAAUUUAAGUUCUUAUGGAUUCAAAAAUAUGCACAUCUUCACUCAGAAACUAUUAGAGAUAUCAUAAAAGGAGGGAGAAUUAACUUUAGUCAAAAGAAUUAUCACUAUGAUUUCAACUAUAUACACAAUUGAUGAACAUGAGAAAAGAUUUUUCUUAUAGGAUAGCUUAAUAUCAAUGUAGAUUUGGAAAUAAAUUGAUUUAUGGGAAGGGCUAAUUUAUACAACAAUUGAGACGGAAAUAGACAAGUCAGCUACAACUAAAGAUACAGUUCAAUUUUAAAAUGAAUAGAUAUUGAAGGAUAAAAAUGUUAUUUAUAAUAAUUUAUUGACAUUAACCCUUGAUAUGAUCAAUUUUAAAGUAGAUAAAUAAGAGAUAAAGAAUGUACUAGUGAAGUAUGCAAGAGUAUUUUAGCUUUAUGAUCUAUAGACAUAGGAACUGAUUAAGUUUGCUGAAAAUGAUGGUAAAAUUGAACCAAAUCAAAAAGUAAGUUCUUUAUCAGUUUUGCAAUCAUUAUAUCAUUAACCAUAAACAAAUUUGAAUCAAUAAGGAAAUAUUAUAUAAACAAAAGUAGUUAUGUUUGAUAAAAAAAACCCAUUGUAAGCAAAUUCUAAUAUUCAUGCUUAAAAGACAAAUAACAAUUAAGUAAAUAUUGGUUCCGAAACUCUUUAAAAGGAAGUAAUUUAACCUCAAACUUAAGUUCAAUCAAACAUUCCAUAAUAUUAAACAUCCACUGUAUAAUAAUAACCAAUAACUAUAAUAACAACAUAAACUUAAUAAUAAUAAUAACAGUAGUAAUAAUAGCUAUAAUAAUAACAAUAAUAACAAUAAUAAUAACAAUAAUAAUAAUAAUAAAAGAUAUCAUAAAAUUCACCAACUUUAUAAUAAUUAUAGUCUACCUCUCCAUAAUAAUAGGAAUAAGAAUAGCCUAAAAUUAGAUAUAAUUAGCAUCCUUUAGAAGCACCAAAAGCUAAUUUCUUAAAAAAGUUGCCAUGA